AUGGCUCUUCCUCCGGAGGACAGCUUUGACUACCCAGGAAGUUCCGUGCUCGGAUCCCCCGGCCGUCGGUCAGUAGACGGUGAUACCACCGCGGGUUCGAUCAAUCUGGUGCACCUCGAGCAGAACGCGGGGCGGAGCGGCGCGGCGACACUGCAACAGUACAACAGCACAAUCGAAGUACCCGACUCAGUGCCAAAGCGCGAAUACUACACCAGCCUGCGCCGCUUUGGUACCGUUGGUAGGCAGGGUAGCAUUUCAGGCGGCUCGAUGCUCGGUGGGGGCGGUGGGACCAACACUCUCGGUCCUGUAACCGCGGUAGGCUCGCCUUACCCCAGCGCCACCAUGGGACGCACCGCCACUUUCGGACGCUCCAACACCUCAGCGUCGAAUUUCAAACCCUCCGGCAAGUCUGUCGACUGUGCCGUCAUCAUGUUGGAUGGGCUUCAACAGAUGUUUAGCAUCGAUAAAGCGGCCUACGGACAACAGCUUUUUGACGCUGUCUGCGCCAACUUGGAUCUGUUGGAGACGGAUUUCUUUGGAAUUAAAUAUCUCGCCCCCGACAACACCAUGUGCUGGCUCAAGAUGGAUAAGAAGGUCGCCAAACAAGUCGGAAGUAAGCUAAACGCUGCGCUUGCUUACGCUAAUCCUAGGCCCUCCUUGGUAACACAUCAGGCUUUAAACAUCCAAUCUUUUCUUGCAGAGAAUUGGCUCUUCGAAUUUCAAGUCAAAUUCUUCCCCUACGACAUCGACUCGAUAGUUGAGGACCUGACGCGCUAUUUCUUGUGUCUCCAAGUUCGUCAGAACCUCCUCAGUGGACAACUGCCGUGCUCCUUCUUCUCCUAUGUCAUCCUCGGCUCCUACGUGGUGCAAUCAGACGCAGGCGACUUCGACCCGAAGCGACAUCAGGGCAUCGCCUACAUCCGUGACCACCCCUUUGCUCCCAGCCAUCUGCAGAGCACCGAGAUGCUCUACCGCAUUGCUGAGACCCACCGCCUCCACCAUGGCCAAUCGCCGGAAAUGGCAGAUCGGAAUUUCCUCAACAACUCCAAAAAACUCGCCCUUUACGGUGUUCACAUGCACAAAGUUUUGAGCUCCUCAGGUGUAGAGCACGGCCUUGGUGUGUAUUACGGGGGUCUGCUGCUCUAUCUGAGCCGCAUUCGGCUGCAGCGCUUCUCGUGGCCACGGAUCAUCAAGUUAUCCUACCGAAAACGCCACUUCAUAAUGAUUGUGCGCUCCCUCGAUGAAGACCAGUCGGAGCGGACCUACGCUUUCCGCUGUGCUACGCCCCAGCGCGCCAAGCGCCUCUGGACCCUCUGUGUGGAACAUCACAACUUUUUCAGAUUGCGUAGCUACGAGCACUCACGGAAGCCCAGUGUGCUUCCGGGUUUCUCCAGCCGCAAGUUCACUUACAACCAGCCGGGUAUGGCCAACUCCUUGGGUGACCUCACCGGUUCCGAGGCUGUGCCCAGUCAUCGGCCCCAACCCGCUAUCCGUCGCAUGCAGCCGCAGCGCAAGCGCAUCUCUUCUACCGACCAGACAUCCACAUACGCAGUGGACGCAUUUCAGUACCAGUACGCGCCACAGAUAGCGAGUGAUGCUUCCUUGGGUGGCGAUGGAGUCGGCUACAGUUUCGAGCAUUGGGGCGGUGGGGAGGCGGCAUGUGAAAUGCCUGCUGGGGCCGCCUACAGACGCGGUCUGGAUGGAUCAAACCACCUCGGUAACUAUCAGCCGCGGCCCAUCUUCAAGCCCGAGCCCUGGCGUAUCUCCACCGCUGAUCGAAGCCGCUGUCUCGGCAUCGAUGAUCGUGGACUAGACAUUGCCUCGCAACGUGAUUCCGGGUGGCAGGGCUGCCGCGCGAACAAGGGUGUGAAGGCGCCGGGCUGCUAUUACUUCGAGGCGACGGUCCUCGAGGACGGACCGGUGGGUGUAGGCUGGGCGACGAACGAGGCAGGUCUAACCUCAUUAGGCUGCGACGACCAGGCCUUUGUGCUUGGCAACAUCGAGGGCGGACAGGGAGCCGCCACGCUCACCUUCAAGGGCAAGCAGGUGGACGUUUCCGAUGGCCGCAUUGCUGUCGGCAAGGGUACCGUCAUCGGGUGCUGUCUCGAUCUGGAUCGUGGCAUCGCCACCUGGAAUUGCAAUGGAAAUGAGUGUCCCCAGGUCCUUAGGAUCCCCGAGAACCUCAUCAAUGAACCGUUCUUUCCUGCCGCCUCGAUGAAAGACUCGCGUUUGCUACUGAACUUUGGUGGUAGUACCUCACCACCUCUGCGCUUUAUACCGACGAGCAGCGGUGGCGGCGGUGGCGGCUUCGUCCCACUAGCCGAUGUAGUGGAGGACGCUCAGGUGACCAACGAGAACUGCGGCUGGCGCCUUAACCCCUACGACGCCACGGCGGGUGUGGAGGUCCGACCCGAUGGCAUGGCCGUGCAGGCUCAUUGGGGCUCCGGUUGGCAGGGCUGUCGUGCCAACAGGGGCGUGAGGGGCGAGGGUCGAUUCUAUUACGAGGCGCGAGUGAUCGAGUCUAACGGUCUUGCGCGGAUCGGUUGGACCACGGAAGACGGUAGCCUUUUGGUGGGUACUGACUCCUUUGGCUUCGGCUACGGCUCCGACUGCGAGGGCUUUGGUCUCAGUGGACAGCAAGGCAAACGAAUGCACAAUAACGAAAUCGACAACUACGGCGAGAGCUUUGGCGAGGACGAUGUGAUAGGCUGCUUCCUGGACCUGACCCAACGCACCGUUAGGUGGGCGAAAAACGGACACCCCUUCGGGGAUGCCUACCGUCUCCCCGACGAUUUCGCCACUGCCUUCGCGGCCAACGGCAGUCCCGUUGCCAGACGCGUCGCCUUCUUCCCUACGGUGGCACUUAACAACAGCACCGUGGAGCUUAACUUUGGCGACUCGCAGUUUAGCUACUUCCCUGGGCCUGACUGGACUCCUUUGAGCUACAUUGCACCGGAAAAUCUACAGGUCACCAGCCGUCCUGGACCAAUGUACAAACGUAGGGGUUGGUCCUACAUCGAGCCACAGGUCGGCAUCUCGGAGGCCAAGACGGUAAUGAAGCCCUCCGUGGAUCGGCGAGAGGAUGAUUUAUCACCUACCGCGCAUGUGGCCCCUCGCCUCCACCUGGCCGGCGCUGUGCCUGUCAUGCCCGGUCUCACAUCCGUCCUCUCCCCCCCUCCCAAACGGGUCGCUCCAAAAACUCCAUCCAUGGGCAACGGUUACCAUACUAACGGGGAUCACACUGAGCUUGCCGAUGCUAUCGAUGGUAUUCAGCUGAGCCCGAGCCGACGCCAACACCCCAUCCCCUUGAACAGUGGUGUCGGUGAAACAGUGACGGUCCAACGUUCCGAGCCUAAAAUCGAAUCUGAGUUAAUUGAGGACGAAAACGGCAAAAUUAUCAAGCGAACAACAAAACGGACACAAGUAGUGACUACAAAAACCUAUUCCGAGAGGUUUAUACAACCUGAGUUAAUAUCCUUACCCAAUGGUGACCUAGCGCAUCUCUAUCCUGUAAGGGUUGCUAAUAUUAGCUCCGCCUCGAGCAUGCCUCUCGGGGAAUCAAAUCGAGUGUUGAUGUCCUUUAUCGCCAUCCCCAACGAGAAUGAUCAUGAGUUGGACCAGGCUAUCUUAAAGGUUACACAAUUGGAUCCCAGGGUUUUUGUGCGUACCACCAACCUGCACCAUUCAGCACCCCAGGUCCCCGGCAAAAGGAGUACCAGCAAUGGGCGCAGCGCCCACUUCAGCAGCACCGACGGCGGCUCAGCCAUCAGCAACUCCACACUCACUCACUAG